AUGGUGGCCUUGAGUAAAUAUGGUCAGCCAAAUGUGCUGGCCCUUGCCCAGCUGCCGUUUCCUCCAGCUCGCCGACACUCGCAGGUGAGCAAAGGCACUGGCAUCCGGGCAGUCGUCGCCCUGGCGGCCGGUGCGGCCGGUCGAGAGCCGCUUCACUAUGCAGAGGCACUGGAGCUGACACGGGACAGACCGAAGCGCUGCCCCAUUUGCGCAGUAAAGGUGCUGAAGAGGCCGAAAUUCCUCUCCCUGGCAGAUGUCUACAAGCCCUGGACGUCAAUGGCCACCGAGGAGGACUCUUCCUGCCUCAGCGGUUUUGUCGCUGCAUUUCUGCGCGAUCGACCACGGCAAUGGGCCGCACUCUUGAGGCCGGAGUACCAUACAUGGCAUUCGAGCACGAAAAGAUUUCACAAGGAGCUUUCGGAGUCCCUGGCGCUGCUGGCUGCAUUUGCAACUUUUGCAAGCGCGGGGAGCUCUCUGGACUCCUGGAUCUCCUGGCACGCGCUGGACCUUUGCUGUGGGAAGUCUUUGACCUCCGCCUUGCUCGCCCUGGAAGAAGCCCCCCCGGAGGCAAUCACAGCGGUGGAUCUGCGACCGCCGGAUGGGCUUCCUCACCAUGAGCUGGCGCUGCAACGCGCGCUGCAGGCACAGAAGGGCCGCGCGUACGCAAAGGUGCCAGUGGAGUACUGGAGGUCUGAUGUCCUCGAGGAUGAUUUCGUUUCAUCACUGGCUCGGCGCGUCGAAGCCAUAGGAAGGCCAACCGCAAUCCUGGCCAUGCACCUCUGUGGUCGCUUGCGAGCCUGCAGGCCAUCAAUGCCUUCGCCAGCAUCGACUUAG